ACCCCUCUUUAAAGUGUUGACAUUGCGUCAUUCUGGUCUGAAAGGAAACGAUCAGUGCGCGACAACGCUCACCCACUGACUCCCUUUGGACCUUGGCCACCAAACAAAUUCUUUGUUCUUCUCAACGUUCGUCUCUCAACACUAUCCCCUCUGUACCCUCUACCAUCUCCUAGUACUCUACUUCUCACCCACUCUGCACACUCCACCAUGCUCGCCCGCGCAGCCUUCCCCGCAUUCUUCCUCGUCCUCGGAGGGUUCAUCAUGUUCCUCCUUGUGACUCUCUCUGUGCCCAUCAUCAAAACAAUUUACCUUCUCAAGAUCGAGUAUCCAGGUGGAAGCACAGCUGCCAAUAUUGGUGUCCUUGGGACAUGCUUUAAAGGCGGUAAUGCAGAAUUCCUCGGAUUCGAUUACUCUGGUACUGCCUACUGUACCGAUCCAAAAGUGGGAUACAGGAUCGACCCUUCUCUCCUGGGAUACGAUGGGUCUCGUAACACCAGCAGCAUCAUCGUGCGAGCUCUCUCCGGAAGUCUAAUCAUAAACGCCUUGGCAGCUGGCUUCGCGGGCUUCAGUCUCUUCUUCGCCUUCUUCGCCUGGCUGUGUGCUUCGAGAGUCAUGGAGAUUAUCCUCUUCAUCACCAUGUUCUUCACUGCGUUCGUAGCUUGGAUCGCGUGGGCACUCGACUGCGCUCUUACACUAGUCGCUAGACGUAGAGUUGAUAACUACACGUCUGGUACUUUCUCAGGGCAUAUAGGAAAUGCCUUCUGGCUGGCUCUCGCUGGAGCAUUUGCUCUCUCCUUCGGUCUCUGCUUUGCUGGCUGCGGCAUGUUUGGACGAUACUCCAGACCUAGAGAAAACUAUGUCGGCAACAAUGUCGCACCCUCUGGAGCCCCAGCUAUGGCUGAAAAGCCAGCAGGACGAAGACGAUGGCCCUGGCAACGAAACACUGCGUACCGAGGCACGUACUGAGCCCUUCCUCGACGACUGGCACGACUUUGACCUUUAGUUACGGCCUUUCACGACAUUGCAAUUUUAACUUACGAUCCAUACACGAGUACACUUUACAAGCUUAUCAUUCGUUAAUGUCUCGAUACGUCCCUGUCUCUUCUUUGCAGUUCAUUGUCUGGAUGCAGAUGUGUUUCCUACAAAUGGCUUACUCUACA